AAACCGUUGAGAGCCUUCACCAGACAUAAUGAGUUCAUUAAAACUUUGAAAUAUCAUACAAUUAGUGGAGUUUAUGGCUAUAAACCAAAACAAAACCAAUUUGUUUGCGAUAAUAUUGCCGUAAAAAGAAGAUCUCAAAACAAUGCAGACAUUCAUGAAUUAGUGAACGCGUUUAGAAGUAGAGGUCAUCUGUUAAGCCGUUUGGAUCCGCUCUCAUUGACUGAAGGCAAGAGUUUAGAUGCCCUUAACAUUGACAUCAGUCGUUAUGAGACAAGUCAAUCGGUGAUCGAUCCCAAAGAGUUUGUCAAUUUGGGACGAAAUGAGUGCAGAAUUGAAGAGAUGGUGAACUUCUUGAAAGGAACCUAUUGUGGAAACAUAAGCAUUGAGUUCAUGCACUUGACUGAUGCCAAUGAACGGCUUUGGAUCGCAAACAAGUGGGAAGAUAUCAUAGCGAACACCACUUUCACUGAACAACACAAGAAGCGUUUGGCAUCAGAUCUGCUGAAGUCUGAACUUUUUGAUCACUUUUUGACGAAAAAGUUCUCAUCAGUAAAACGAUACGGAGGAGAGGGCUCUGAAACUAUGAUCACUUUCUUUGAGCACAUUUUUGAGGCCAGUUGUGAGAGCGGAGUAUCGGAUGUCAUCGUAGGAAUGCCUCACAGGGGAAGACUCAACCUAUUGACCAAUUCGUUGAAUUACCCGCCGGUUAUUCUCUUUCAGAAAAUGAUGGGAAAGCCUGAGUUCAACCUAAACGAGAGUAACGGAGCGACUGGUGAUGUGCUCUCACAUAUGUUCACAUCCAUUGACAGGCAAUUUGCAGACAAAUCGGUUCACAUAAUACUACUGCCAAACCCCUCGCACUUGGAGGCCAUUAGUCCGGUUGUGAGCGGCAAAGCCAGAGGCAAAGCCAUGACCAAAAAUGUCGGUCCCUAUAGCGAGGCCAACAAAAUAUCACCCAUUUUAGGCAUUCAAGUGCACGGAGACGCCGCCUUCACUGGACAGGGCAUCAUAAUGGAGACACUGGCUAUGGCUAAUGUACCUCAUUAUUCGGUCGACGGGUCCAUACAUUUAAUAGUAAACAAUCAAAUCGGUUACACAACUCCCGGACAGACCAGUCACGGAAGAUCUUCCAUGUAUAGCAGCGAUGCACUCAAAGCCAUUGACGGCCCGUGUAUUCACGUGAACGGUGAGGACCCCGAGAGUGUGGUAAAGGCGGCACAGUUUGCCUUAGAGUAUAGACAAACUUUUGGUAAAGAUAUAGCCGUGGAUUUGGUUUGCUAUCGCCAGUGGGGACACAACGAAUUGGAUGACCCGACUUAUACCAACCCAAUCAUGUACUCAACCAUUCAUUCCCGUGAUAUGACAAUACCUCAAAAAUACUCACAACAAGUCCUGAGCAAUGAUGAGAAGCAGCUAAUUGUCGACCAAUACACAGCUUUUCUCAAUCAACACUUUCAAGACAUCAAUCAUUACAAACCCGUCAACACUAACUUUAAGGGAGUCUGGAGUCAAAUAACACAGGCGUCCGAUAAAGCCAUCACUCGAUGGGAUACAAGUGUUGAACCGGACGUCUUGUAUUAUAUUUGCGGCAAAUCUAUUAAUAUACCAAAUGAAUUCAAUUUGCAUCCAAACCUUAAUAAAGUACUCAAUGAAAGGCUAAAUAAACUUAAAGAAGGUGUUAAAAUCGAUUGGGCGACGGCUGAAGCACUGGCUUUCGGUUCAUUGCUUUAUCAGGGAUUCAAUGUUAGGAUCUCUGGACAAGACGUCGGAAGAGGCACAUUCAGUCAAAGGCAUGUUAUGUUAGUCGACCAGAAGAACGGCGAUACUUAUAUACCAAUUAACAAAUUAAUUGAUAAUCAAAAGGGUUUUAUCGAAGUUUGCAAUUCUAUACUCAGCGAAGAAGCAGUUCUUGCCUACGAAUGGGGUUUAAGUAUUGAUAAUCCAAACAAUUUGGUCAUAUGGGAGGCACAGUUCGGUGACUUCUUCAAUGGCGCGCAAAUUAUCUUCGAUACAUUCGUGUCUUCGGGUGAGACUAAAUGGGGUCUCUCUUCGGCACUCACUAUACUCUUACCCCAUGGCUAUGAAGGCGCAGGUCCGGAACACUCUUCGUGUCGAAUGGAGCGCUUCCUGCAAAUGAGUGAUUCCAAAGAGAGUGGCGUCGAUAGCGAUCACAUAAACUGGUCCAUCGCUAACCCGAGCACUCCCUCGCAGUACUUCCAUUUGCUUCGGCGCCAAAUGAUUCGCGAUUACCGAAAGCCGUUGAUUGUCAUCACACCGAAGAUACUUCUUCGACACCCGGCGUGUGUUUCAGGCAUUGAAGAGUUCACAAACUCGUCGUCUUUCAGCCCAGUAUUAAGCGAUCCGUUCGUUACAAAUGAUUCCGAUAUAAAGACAGUUGUGUUGUGUUCGGGAAAACAUUUCUAUACGUUAAGCAAAGAGAGGGAAGAGAAAAACGCCAAACAUGUGGCCAUAAUUCGUUUGGAAGAGUUGUGUCCCUUUCCUGCCAAUGAAAUCUCAGCCCAACUCUCAAAAUUUAAAUCAGUAAAAGAAUUCAUAUGGAGUCAAGAAGAACACCAGAAUAUGGGCGCCUGGAGUUACGUUAGACCUCGCUUUCAAGAUAUUCUCAAUUGUCGACUCCGAUAUGUGGGUAGACCCCCACUGUCCGCACCGGCCGUUGGCAUUGGAGAACUGCACAAACAGGAAGCGGCAGAUAUACUAUUGGAUACGUUUAGAAGCAAAUAAAUCAAAUUACAAUAAAAGCAAUUAAAUAAUUAAAACAA